UUGAAGAAGUGCUUGAUAGAAUAAGCUCUUGGCCUUUCUGUAUCUUCAAACUAAAACCAUCAAUAUAAUUCUUCAUCUUCUAUCUUUUUUUUUUUUCUAAAAAAAUGAGUAAUGCUGGGAUAGAUUUGUAAUGUGGGGAGAACAAGUCAAAAAUGGCUCUUUUAUUCCGGCGAGCUCCGUAGAACUGCUCUACUCUCAGUAAUGUUCACUUCUGCAUCCAACUUCCGUUCUUCUUCAUCGACCUGAAUUCAGAAACCUCCCAUGGAGUCAUCACGCUCGCUCAAACCUUCUCAAAACCAUGCACAAAACCUUAAGAUCUCUCUGCCUCUCCGGAAGACUAAACGAAGCCGUCAAAACCCUCUUCUGCAGCGGCUCCCCGAUCUCUCCUCCCACCUACUCUCUCCUCCUCCAGGAAAGCAUUCACCGGCGAGAGUUUCUGCUCGGAAAAGCAAUUCACUCCCACAUCAUAGCCACCGGAUUCACCCCAACCAAAUAUCUCAACACCAAGCUUCUCAUCCUCUAUACAAAAGCCGGCGAAUUGAAAUCCGCCCACCACCUGUUCGAUGAAAUGCCUGAUCCGAAUCUCUUUGCAUACAACGCAAUGAUCUCGGGCUUCGCGCACGAAGGCCUGGAGCGAGGAGGUCUUGAGCUAUACUACUCGAUGCGUGACAAUGGAGUAGAUCCUGAUCCCUUCACCUUCUCAUCAGUUUUCCAUGCGUGUGCUGGACUGGCUGCUCUGGAGCACGGCAGGCGAGCUCAUUGUCUAAUGAUCAAGAGGAAGGCGGUGGCCAAUGUGGUAGUUGGCAGCGCUCUCGUGGAUAUGUACUUCAAGUGCAGCAGUUUGGAUGAUGCACGAAGGGUGUUUGACGAAUUGCCUGACCGAAAUGUGAUUACUUGGACCUCUCUGAUUUCGGGUUACGGACUCCACGGGAAAGUAAGAGAGGUGAUUCAACUGUUUCAUCAGAUGGAAGAAGAAGGUUUCAGGCCAAAUUCAGUUACAUUUCUUUCUCUUCUCUCGGCCUGCAGCCAUGGCGGUCUUAUUGAUUCCGGAUGGAAGUAUUUUGUUUCCAUGAUCGAAGAUUACCGAGUCGCGCCGAAGAAGGAACAUUACACGGUCAUGGUCGAUAUGAUGGGACGAGCGGGGAAGUUGUAUGAGGCGUACGAAUUCAUACGUACCUCGCCUUGCGAAUCGCAUUCCACUGUUUGGGGAGCUUUGGUUGGAGCUUGCAGAAUCCAUGGGGAUGUGGAGAUGGUGAAGGUUGCAGCAAGCAGGUUUUUUGAGCUGAUGCCGGAGAAUGUCGGGAAGUAUGUGGUGGUUUCUAAUGCCUUUGCUGCUUCUGAGAUGUGGGAGAAGGCUGCUGAUGUUUGGGAGAGAAUUGGGAGGUUGGGGAUGAGGAAGGGGAUUGCUUGGAGUUCUGUGGCUUCAGGUAAGUAGUGAUCUUAUUUUUUCGUUUGAUAUGGUUUUUAAGGAAAGGAAUCAUGAUCAUAUUACA